AUGCACCUGAGGAAGAUGAGCUGCAAGGCCUUACAACCCCCAUCUCAUCUAAGAGACUACUACAGCAUCAAUCUGCUCCUGCUGAUCAGAGAGAGACGGGACUAUCGUGGAUCCUCUGGGGAGCCUCAACAACAUCAUGAAGCUGCUGAGGCAGAGAAGAGUCUCUCCAGGUCAGAACGUCUCAAAAAACACCGGCAGAGACUCACAGGGAAGAAAUCUCACCGCUGCUCUGACUGUGGGAAGAGUUACUCAAGAUCAGAUUCACUACAACUUCACCUGAGAAUUCACACAGGAGAGAAUUCUCACUGCUGCUCUGACUGUGGGAAGAGAUUCACCUCUUCAGCAGACCUUAAAAAACAUUUGAGAAUCCAUACAGGAGAGAAACCUUAUAGCUGUGAUCAAUGUGGGAAGAGUUUUACUCGUACAAGUAAUCUGAAAGCACACCAGAGAAUACACACCGCAGAGAAACCCUAUAGCUGUGAUCAAUGUGGGAAGAGUUUUUCUUCGUCUAGUCAUCUGACUAUACACCAGAGAAUGCACACAGGAGAGAAACCUCAUCACUGCUUUGACUGUGGAAAGAGUUACUCAAGAUCAGAUUCACUGAAAGUGCACCAGAGAAUUCACACUGGAGAGAAACCUUAUAGCUGUUAUCAAUGUGGGAAGAGCUGUAAUAACACAAGCAGCUUGAAAACACACCAGAGAAUUCACACUGGAGAAAAACCUUAUAACUGUGAUCACUGUGGGAAGAGUUUUAAUGAUACAAGCAGCCUGAAAACACACCAGAGAAUUCACACUGGAGAGAAACCUUAUAGCUGCUCUGACUGUGGGAAGACCUUUUCAAAAUCAUCUACAUUGCAAUCACACCAGAGAAUUCACACUGGAGAGAAACCUUAUAGCUGCUCUGACUGUGGGAAGACCUUUUCAAAAUUAUAUACAUUACAAUCACACCAGAGAAUACACACAGGAGAGAAACCUUACAGCUGUGAUCAAUGUGGGAAGAGUUUUGUUACGUCUAGCCAUCUGACUAUACACCAGAGAACACACACAGGAGAUAAAUAUUAUAGCUGUGAUCAUUGUGGGAAGAGAUACUCUGGUAAAAGAUCUCUGAUUAAACAUCAGAAAAUGCAUACAUGA